AUGCUUGCUGACCUCAGGCAGCGCCAAGACGAAGAACGAGCUCUGCAUGAAUGGGGGCCGACAGUGUGUCAGCGGCUGCUGGCGAAGAGCGAGCUCGUGCUGUUCCACUUGACGCCGGCCGUUGAGGGGGCGAAGGAGGUAAAGCUCUUGUGCUCCGUGCACGUGCAUGACGUGAACUUCCUGCAGGUGGGGACUCAAGAGGUGUACGCGCACGUUUUGGCUGCCAGUCCAUGUCCGGAUGUGUCCGAUCUCGUGGCCGGCGACGUCCGGGACAGUGCACUUCCGCGGGUUCGGCUCCUGUGCGGGAACAGCGAGAGUGACGCAACUGGGCAAGUUGCAAGUUGCCUGCAUCUACACGGACAUCUCGCGCAGGUGUACUGGGACCAAAUGCGUCGCGAGACCUGGUCCGCGAACUUGCGCGACUGGCACGAGGUUGUGGUGAGCCGGGCCCAGUUGCGCGCUGCUGCGCCCCAAAUGUCGUUGGCCACGCUCGAUGAGGCCAUCCACAACAUAGACAUACCGGCCGACCAGAGAGGCUUCUUCAACAAGCCUUCGGACACAGCGGCCGCCAGAGGCUACACGCGGAAGACGGUGGGUCCCUCUGCCCGCACGCGGGAAGAGCAUGAAGCUGAGGGGGACACGUAUGGGCGCCAAGGCAAGAAAUCCAAGCACAAGGACUUGCCGAGCUUUCAGCACAAGCCCUUGACCGAUGCUUUGCUGCGCGCAGUGUUGUUUUGA